ACACACACACACUCAUAGAGAACCUCAACAUGAAAUUGGAAUGAAAGUUCCACUCUGCGGUCGUAACUUCACUUUCUCCUCUCAGACGCUCCAUUUCCGGAACCCAGAACCGAGUUGGAUCAUGACCCACGGUGACGCCUCUCGCCCGCCGUCGGAAGAUGGAGCGGAGAGCGACCAGCCGCUGGUACUGGAGAGGUUGCCGAAGACAACUGACCCAAGCUGGAGGACCUGCAUGUCCCGACGGCUGAAGAAGCACUGCUCAUGCACUUCAGACAAGGUCAAAUCCAAGAUACAAGGCUUUGUCCCCAUUCUGAAAUGGCUGCCGAAUUACCGGCUCAAGGACUGGAUACUUGGAGAUGCCAUGUCGGGGUUGAUCGUGGGAGUGCUCCUGGUCCCCCAGUCCAUAGCCUACUCCCUGCUGGCCAGCCAGGACCCCAUUUAUGGCCUUUACACCUCCUUCUUCUCCUCCAUCAUCUACGCGCUGCUGGGGACCUCCAGGCACAUCUCUGUGGGAAUAUUCGGAGUGCUGUGUCUGCUUGUGGGUCAGGUGGUUGACAGGGAGUUGGCAUCGGCGGGGUACCUCACCGAGGCCACCAGCAAUAACAGCGCCGCCCCGCUGGCUGGCCUUGUGAAUAACAGCGUGGACCCAGCGUGUGACAGGAGCUGCUAUGCAAUAACAGUGGGAGCUACAGUGACUUUCACAGCAGGGGUGUAUCAGGUUCUGAUGGGCGUUUUCCAGGUUGGCUUUGUGUCCGUCUACCUCUCCGACUCGCUGCUCAGUGGCUUUGCCACCGGAGCUUCUCUGACCAUCCUCACCUCCCAGGUCAAGUACCUGCUGGGUCUCAAGAUCCCCCGGCCGACCGGCUGGUUCACUCUGAUCAAAACCUGGUACGGCGUGUUCACCAAUCUGGGGAAGACCAACAUAUGUGACUUGGUGACCAGUCUGGUGUGUCUCCUGAUCCUCAUCCCCACGAAAGAAAUCAACUAUCGCUUCAAGGACAAGUUGAAGGCUCCCAUCCCAUUUGAGCUCUUUGUGGUGAUCAUUGCGACCCUUGCUUCCCAUUUUGGCCACUUCAACGCCGACUAUGGGUCUGGUGUAGCUGGAGACAUCCCCACUGGCUUCCUCCCUCCACAGCUCCCCUCCUGGUCGCUCAUUCCCAACGUGGCCGUCGACGCCUUCUCCAUCGCUAUUGUGGGAUUCGCCAUCACCGUGUCGCUGUCGGAGAUGUUUGCCAAAAAGCACGGCUACAGCGUGGACGCCAACCAGGAGAUGUACGCCAUCGGCUUCUGCAACAUCAUCCCUUCUUUUUUCCGCUGCUUCGCCAACAGCGCCGCCCUGACAAAGACCCUGGUCAGAGAUUCCACAGGGUGCCACACUCAGCUGUCGGGGCUGGUCAGCGCUCUGGUCCUGCUGCUGGUCCUGCUCAUCAUAGCGCCUCUCUUCUACUCUCUUCAGAAGUGCGUCCUCGCGGUCAUCAUCGUGGUCAACCUCCGCGGAGCUCUUCGCAAGUUCACUGAGAUUCCCAGCAUGUGGCACCUGAACCGCAUAGACACCGGUAUUUGGCUGCUCACCAUGGCGACCUCCGCGCUGGUCAACACAGAGCUGGGCCUCCUGGUGGGCGUCCUGGCAUCAGCCUUCAGCGUCAUCGGCCGAACACAACGGGCCCAGAUGCUGGAGUUGGGCUGUGCCUCCUCAAGAGAGCAUUACGAGGAUCUCACCGCCUACUAUGGCCUACACACUCACCCCGGAGUCGCCGUUUUCAGAUACCAGGCUCCAGUCUAUUACGCCAACCAGAGUCUGUUCAAAAAGUCCCUCUACAAAUGCACGGGGCUGAACCCGGGCAAGGCUCGGCGGAGGAUGCUCAAACUCAAGCGACAGAACGGUGAGAAAGACGCGGUGGAGGCGGACGCGUCCACCAGCGUGACGCUGGACGGCAACCCUCCCCGCAGGCUGCACAGCGUGGUGAUGGACUGCAGCGCCGUCUUGUUCCUGGACAGCGCCGGUGUGAACGCUGUGAAAGAGGUGCACAAAGAUUACGGCGAGUUAGGGGUGAAGGUGAUCCUGGCUCAGUGCAGCACCUCUGUGGUGGAUGCGCUAGAAAGGGGCGGGUAUUUUUCAGACCAAAACGGAGGAGAGAGGAUCUUCUUCACCAUUGCAGAUGCUGUCCGAUACGCUCAGAGUCACUCCGUGGCCAACGGAGACUGCGACAGCAAGUGCUGAAGGGACGAUCGGUCCAAACACGAAAGUUACAUUUUCACGGCCUGAAUUUGUGCCUGGAGUUACCGGUGAAUCUACGACACCUCAAGUGCUUCUCACCUCCAUGUAUAGCUAUUAUUCUGCGAGCAUCAUUGAGGACCUUCUGGAGAAUCACUUAGUUACUAAUGCUGUGUGUCACUUUGAAUCAGUUUGGUCGUUUACAAAUGGAGACACGGUUUGUUCUAGAGUCAGAUUUGUCUGCAUGUUGAGUUAGGAUAUCCAAUAUUGACUAUUUAUACAGAGAGCGUGUACGUUGGCGUUAAAAUAGCAGUUACACGGAAACAAAAAGGGAAGGAUGCCUGAUUUGGGCAGAAGAUUGUUGCUGAGAGUUUGUGAUGGCUCUUCAAAUGUUUUGUAUGUUGAUCAGCCUGUUUGCAAGGUUCGUGCCUCAACCCCACCCUCCUGUUUCUUUUUUGUCAACAAUGAAGGCCAGAUCUGGAGCAGUGUGAGGAGGCGAGCCGAUCAGAUGACGGCUCCAUCGAGUCACAUGCUUCUCAAUGUCUGUGAACAAGGAGAUGCACCGUCCAUUGUACUGUACUACAGUAGCUCCCACAGUUGCUUGUCAAUACAACCAACUCUGGUGGAAACAAAAAUGAUUGAGCAGGUGUAAAGAAAAUGUCUUUCUUUUCUCUGGGUCAUUUUUUUUUUUUUUUUAACGGUACAGGGAAGCAACCAUGUCAUUCGCCAGACUUUUGUAUCUGCAGUAGUUUUUGUUUACAACCAUUUUAAAUCUUCGUGCCUCAAGCUCCACCAUGUGACUUAAGCUCAGGGUCUUGUGUGACAUUUUGAAGAAUUCAGUUACAAUCACGGUUGUUUUGGGACUGUUUACUCAGGGCAGCGAAUGCUCUUAUUUAAGCAAAUAUCUAAUGUGGACUGGUACAAAGUUAAAGUUGUCUUUGGAGAUUGAAUCAACCAGUUAUUGGAUGCC